AUGUUUAGAGUAGUAAGGCAAUUUUCUUUCUCCGGUAAUGUAAUAAUUUCGGAAAAUAAAAACGUAAAAAGUAUUCAGCCAUCGAAUUCUCUGCUUCUUUUGUACAUAGUAGGUCAAAAUAGAAUUAAAUUUGAAUAUCAAAUACUACAUCCCAACAGAUUACGUACAGUACGGAUGUAUAAGGUAGUUUUUAUUUUAUUUAGUCAAAUUUAA